AUGGCGUUUAAGCUCGGGCGGUUAAAUCUGGGCGCCGUCGCGCAGGGGGUGGGAGGGCUCGUGUUCGGAAGCGGCGACGACCAGGAAGACGACGGCGGAGUGGAGCGGCUGCUUGAUCGCAUCAGCAAUGGGGUGCUCGCAGAGGAUCGCCAGUCCGCCAUGGCCGACCUGCGCGACGUCGUCACGGACAGCCCUGUCGCACAGCAGGCGCUGGGAGCCAUGGGUAUCCCUGUGCUUCUAUCUGUUCUGCGGGAGGACCGAGAAGACGUGGAUCUGAUUCGGGGAGCGUUAGAGGUGCUGGUGGCAGGGCUGGCAGCAGGGGCAGGAGGAGGGGGCGCGGAGCAGAGGGAGAGGGAGUGGGGGCAGCAGCAGCAGCGGGUGGCGCCAGGGGUGAUCAACUCGGAGCUCUUUGCGCGCGAGCCGCACAGCAUUGCUCUACUGCUGGCGCUGCUGGUGAGUCGCAGCAUAGGGAUGGGUGAGCUGGCAGGGCAACACGGGGCAGGGAAGCAGCAGCAGCGGGUGGCACCAGGGGCGAUCAACUCGGAGCUCUUUGCUCGCGAGCCGCGCAGCAUUGCCUUUCUGCUGGCGCUGCUGAUGAGUGGAUGUGAUGUGGGGGGGGGGGAGGGAGGGGAUGAGGGAGGGGGGAGAGGAGCGAGGAAGGGGGGAGAGGAGCGAGGGAGGGGGAAGAGGAGCAAGGGAGGGGGGAGAGGACCACACACCUAUCUUCAACAGGAGGAUGAUCAUAUUUACAUUCGCUACCACCACACUGUGCCGCUGCUCUCACCAUCCUCCUCUCUUUGUCGCGCUAUCUUUCCCCCCUCCCACCAACGAAACACACACUCAUCUUCAACAGGAGGAGGAGGAUUUCUAUAUUCGCUACCACACUGUGCCGCUGCUCUCACCAUCCUCCUCUCUUCCUCUCCUUGUUGGCGGCCUUCUCUCCGUCCCCCCCUCUUUCUACCCGAAUCACUCCUAUCCUAUUUCCAACAGGAGGAGGAGGAUUUCUAUAUUCGCUACCACACCGUACAGCUGCUGACCAUUCUCCUCUCCAACUGCCCUCACAGGUUACAGGAGGCAAUUCUGGUGAUCCCACAGGGCGUGGGGCGGCUCAUGGAUAUGAUGGCACUCAAUGAGAGGGAGGUGAUUCGCAACGAGGCUCUGGUUCUCAUGAUCAACCUCACACGCUCCGCCGAGGAGAUUCAAAAGAUAGUGGUAUUCGAGGGCGCCUUUGAGAGAGCGCUCAACAUCAUCCGAGACGAGGGGGGGGCGGAUGGGGGCAUCGUAGUUCAGGACUGCAUCGAGCUCAUCAACAACCUCCUCCGCUCCAACGGCAACAGCGAGGGGCAGACCAUGCUGGCCUCCACCAUCACACCCCUGCCGCAAGGUGUCGCGGGCAAGGGCAAGCGAGGAGGAGGUGCAAUGGGGCCUGACGCGGCUGAUGAUGCGGCAAACUUGACGUUCGGAGGCAUCUUGGUGCAGGCGCUGAUAGCAGGGCAGAGCGAGCAAGCCCUAGAAGCCAGCUGCAGGGCAGCCAGCGUGCUCUCACACCUCCUCACGGGCAACUCAGCAGCAAAAGAGCGAGUGCUGCGCAUCCCCUUGCAGAUCCCCACCUCCGCCCUCGCCCCUCCUGAACUCCUCAUGCCCCGCAUCAUGCGUUACCUCGCUGCCGCCGCCGCCCCUCCCUCUCCCCCCCUUCCCACUUCCUCACACCCGCACUCGCACCACCAAUCUUCCUCUUCCCACUCCCUCUACUCCUCGUUCGCCUCGUCGUUUUCCUCCUUCUCCUCCUCCCCCUCCUCUUCCUCCUCCUCCUCCUCCCCGUCGGCCGUCUGGCUUCAACCCGUGCUGCUCCGCCUGCUGCUGACGUGGCUCUCCGACUGCCCGCCAGCUGUCGCGGCCUUCCUCGCGCCGCCCGGCCACCUGCCGUUCCUCGUCGGCCUCGUCAGCGCCGCCAGCUCAGCAGCAGCAGCCGCCGCGCUGCCAGGUGGCGGCACGGGAGAGGACGGGGAGGAACACGGGGGAUCAAGCCGUGGAGGAGGGUACGGGGAUGGGUAUUCUGACGGGUAUGACGCAGCAGGUGACCGGAAACGAAGCGGAGGAGGAGUGGGGGGAGAGGUCGACGGGAGAGGGGCAGACGAGGCAGCAGGAGCAGCAGGAGGAGCAGGAGGGGGGGUGGCGGUGCAUGUAGGAGGACUAGCCUCUCUCGUCCUAGGCGCCUGCGUGGUUUUCAACGACAACACAGGCCCCACAGACGCCGCCACAGUGGUGGAUAUCAUCACGCAGCGCAUCGGCCUGGCUGCUUUCUUUGCCCGUAUAGAGGACUUGAAGCGGGACCCGUACUUCCUUGCAGGGGGGGCGGGACCGCGGUCGCCGAAACCCCUUACGAGAACCACUGCUGCUGCAGAGGCAGCAGGUGGGGGUGGGGGAGGCGGGGCGGGUGGAGCAGGGGUGGGUAAGUCUGGGGAAGGGGGCGGCAGCAGCAGCGGUAGCAAACACAGUGAGAUGACAGAGGAAGGUGGGGCAGGCUCUGCUGCCACCUCUUCUGCUGGUGCUGGGCUUGCAGCAGCAGCAAGUCGCGUGCCAGCUGUUCCUAGCGCAUCAAGUCUGGAUUUCGAGCCGCCCAUUGCCUCGUUUUAUGAUCGCGAGUUUGUGCGAUCGGUGCUGGUGCUGGAGGAGGCAGUGCGAUUGAGAGUGGUGCAGCUGUUUUCGAUGCCGAGAGGCGGGGGUGGGGAGGGGGGAGGAGGGGGAGAGGGAAGCAUGGAUGUGAACCGAAAGGAUGGAGAGAGUGAGGGGGAGUAUGCAGGGAGGCUGAGAGCAAUGCUUCAGUCGCAGCAUCAGGAGCUUCAGGUAGGGUUCCCCUCUAGCCUUUUCACCGCAUUCCACUCCUGUCAUAGCCACUUGAAACCAUCUGCAGCUCCACGUAACUACUUUUGCACCCAUCUGGCUCCUCAUGCACCUCCCUCUCCCUUUCUCUUCCCCCCCACAGCACCUGCACAGUCACAACGUGGCCCUCGCAAGGGAUGCGAUGCACCUCAACUCCCACCAAACUCCCCUUCCUCCCUCCCCCCACAGCACCUGCGCAGUCGCAACGUGGCCCUUGCGAAAGACGCCAUGCAACUCGCUCCACAAUCCCCCUCCUCUGACACCGGUGCCAGCGACCAGUCACAGGCCGCCACGUCAGCGGACGGCGCGGGCGGCGCCGGCGCAGCGCCAACUCACGCUGAGCUGGAAUCCGCCCGGCGCCAGCUGGCGGAGGCGGAAGGGAGCGUGGCGACGCUUCGAGGGGAGCAAGAGACACUCAUGGGAGAACUUAUGCAGGUGCGGCAAGUAGCAGCAGGUAAAGAAGCAGACCUGCAAGCUCUAUCCAUGGCCUACCACAGUCUAGAGCAGGAGAAUCUUAGACUAGAAGGGGAGGUUCGGCAAGUGGCAGCAGGCAAAGAAGCAGACUUGCAGGCUCUAUCCAUGGCCUACCACAGUUUAGAGCAGGAGAAUCUCAGACUAGAAGGGGAGGUCAAAACCCUCCAAUCCACCACUGAAAGUCUCCGAGCCAGCCUAGCUUCGGCCGAAGCUGCUGCCGCAGCCGCAGGUUCGGGCGGUGCUGCAGGUGCAGGAGCAGGCUCGGUGGUGCCCGAAUCUGAGGUGGAGGAGCGGGUGGAAGCGGCUCGGCAGGAGGCUCGGGAGGAGGCUCAGCGGGAGAGUGAGACAGAAUUGAAUGAUUUGCUGGUGUGUUUGGGGCAAGAGGAGAAGAAGGUGGAGGUGUUGAGAGGGAGGCUGGUUGAACUUGGGGAGGAUGUGGAUGCUUUGAUGGAUGGAAUAGUGGAGGGAGAGGAGGGGAGCGGGGAGGAGGAGGAGGAGGGGUGA